AUGACAGAGACUGUGAGUGACAAACCAACUCGCCAAUCACGCGCCCACACUGGACACACGGGGCGGAGCCAGAGGGGGACGGAGAGCGGGACGCGGGAGGUGUGCGCGAUUGACGGCUCCUCCGUCCCAUCAUCUGGCGGGAGCCCCUUUCCCCACCCACCGUCCGGCCCUAAGGGGCGGGGCUGCGCCGGGGGCUGGGAUAAUGGAGGCACGGGGCGGCGACGGCAGGAAAAUGGCAGCGGCGGCAGCGCGGGGUGGCGAGUGGCUCCGGUGCUGAUGCUGGCGGCGGCCGCCGCAGCCGCUCUGGGCUUCCUCAGAGUAUCAGCACUUGAUGUGAAGACGCCAGAGGAGCUCUUUGUGGAGAAUGAGAUGGAAGCAAGACUUCCAUGCACAUUUUCAUCCUCAGAGGUGAUCAGCAGCUUAGCAUCCGUCUCCUGGAGCGUCCAACCAGAGGGAGCAACAACCCCUAUAUCAUUCUUCUAUUACUCUCAAGGGAAUGCGUACCUUGGGAAGGACACACCAUUUAAGAACAGAAUCAGUUGGACUGGAGACCUUAACAAGAAAGAUGCCUCUGUCAGCAUAGCAAAUGUGCAGUUCCAGGACAACGGCACUUACUUCUGCGAUGUCAAGAACCCACCUGACGUAGUUGCCAAGCCAGGAGAAAUCCGACUUAGAGUCGGGCAGAGAGUCAUAGUAUCGGCAGUUGAUGUGAAGACGCCAGAGGAGCUCUUUGUGGAGAAUGGGACGGAAGCAAGACUUCCGUGCACAUUUUCAUCCUCAGAGGUGAUCAGCUGUGCAACGUCCGUCUCCUGGAGCGUCCAACCAGAGGGAGCGACAACCCCUAUAUCAUUCUUCUAUUACUCUCAAGGGAACGCGUACCUUCGGAAGGACACACCAUUUAAGAACAGAAUCAGUUGGACUGGAGACCUUAACAAGAAAGAUGCAUCUGUCAGCAUAGCAAACGUGCAGUUCCAGGACAACGGCACUUACUUCUGUGAUGUCAAGAACCCACCUGACAUAGUUUUCAUGCCAGUAGAAAUCCGACUUAGAGUCGUGCAGAGAGGUACCUCCCCUCACUAACUCUUCUUUUCUUUAGAUGCCGUUCUUGGUCUGGGACAGACUUGAUUUUUAUCUGUAAUCUCCAAAGCCAAAGGGCCACUCACAGGAUUUGUUAUCAAAGUUAAUUUUUAAACACUGAAGAUACCAGUCUUAAGCAGUUUUCUUUACUCCAUCCACAGUGUGAUGUUGCACUGUAUAGGAUUUUAUAAAAAUAUGCUGAUGAGUGUGAAUAUAAUGUAACUGGAAUAUGCUUCAUGCGAAAGGUCGCUUGUAAAGUAUUAUUACAAAGCUUAUAAUCUGAGUGUGAUCAUCCUAUUUGUAUAAAGAACCAACUUACCCCUGCCCUAUAAUAACACAUUAAAAAGCCUGCGUGUCAGCAUAACAAGCAUAGCAACAGUUGGCCUUUUCCCAAAAAAGGGAACUAAACACCGGACACCAAGUCCCAAGGGGCCUUACGAGGAGGCCAGCUUAACCACAAGUAGAGUAACUGUUAGACCGCAAGUAGGGUAACUGAUGUCAGGGUCUCCUGACAAUCACCAAAACAUCCUUAAGGAAGUAAAAACUAAGAACUUGCACUUUUAUAUUUGUUAUACCUACCAUAUAAGGGUAUUGCCAGUUGCUUUUCGGAAAUGUUUGUCAUAUAAUUGCCAAAUAAGGUUAUAAUGUAUGUAUAAGCACUUAUGCUAAUUUGUGGUUUUAGGCUUUAUAAGCUGUGGCAAAAAUCAGUUCGGGAGAGCGGCUUAACCCUUGCUAGGGGACAUGCUGUCUCUCCAUGUGUGCACGCAUGUAUCGAUGAUUUCUCAAUAAAGGAGCCUCGGGCUGUCUGAUCAAUCAA